GUGACCUUCCGUGAGGUUUGACAACUCUUCAAAUCGUCAGACACGUGAACACAAUUUUAACAAGAUGAACACAUCUUAAUGGCUUCGGAAAACCUGAAGAACUCCGGUAACGUCUUUUGCUCCGUCCGUGCGGUUUUUUCCCCCACAGUUCCGGAACCUCGCUAAGCAACUUUGGUUAUUUUACAGCCAUGUUCCGGCUCUUUGCGGCCAGCAGUUGUAAUGCACUGUGGGAAUGCAGUCAUUUUGUUGCAUCGUGUGUUGUCAAAAGAAGAUCCGGCAGUUUUCUUCUGGCCAAGCAUCACCUCCCCCGCCCGCUGAGCACAGGAACCCCGCGGUGGAAAGAUGCUCUCCAGGUGAAAUCAGAUAAAGCCGAAGAAACCGAGACAUUAGAUCUAGACAAGUGGAAGAGUGUGAUGAGAUCCAGAGCUGCCUUUGAAGAGAAACAGGCGACCAAUGAAGCUGAAGAAAGCAAUGAUGGUGAAAACAUGCAGGAACUGGACAGUGAUCUGAAGGCUGGCGCUUCACUGGAGGCGACCCGAGAGCUGGUGGUGAUGUGGAGGGAAGCCGGGAAGCUCGUGCCUAAAGAGAUAACCGAUGAAGAGUUGGAAGCACUGGCAAAGCUCACCACUAAGUCUUCUCGAAAGAAGUACCUGAAGUUCCUGGCUGUCAAGGAGGGUCACAAGCUGGCGCGCAAAGCAAAGCAGGAGCGGAAAAAGAUUGAAAGGGAAACCUUGAAAAAAGAAAGGAGCAAUGCAGAGGGAGAGGAUGAUGAACCCAAGCUGAAAAACACUCCCUUCCUUUCAUUUUGGAGCCGCUCCCUUGACAGGCAGCUUGCCUGGAGGUGUGCAAAUGCCAUGAUAUUUGGUCAGCCGCUGGUGAUUGACAUGAGUUAUGAGUCCAACAUGUCCAGGCGGGAGAUCGAAAACACGGUGUCCCAGCUGAUGGAGGUGGAGGCGUGGAACCGACGUGCCUCUGAUCCUUUCCACCUCCACUUCUGCAACCUGCAGCCAGAUGGGCAGUACAAGCAGGAGCUGCUCAAGCGCUAUGGCACAGAAACAUGGGACCGAUUGUUCAUCACCGACACCGACCGUCAGCAUGUGGAGGUUUUCCCAAAACAACAGCUCGUCUACCUCACUGCAGACUCGCCCAAUUUGCUCCGCACUUUCGAUCACUCCAAGGUGUAUAUUAUUGGAGCUCUGGUGGACCGGUCGAUCCAGAAAGGCCUGUCGUUGGCCAACGCGAAGCGCCUGAAGCUGGCCACGGCCCGGUUACCUCUUGAUGAGUUUCUGCACUGGGACAUUGGAGCCAAAAACUUGACUCUGGACCAGAUGAUCCGCAUCAUGCUCACUCUCAAAGAAUCGGGGAAAUGGGAGGAGGCAUUAAAGUUCGUGCCUCAGAGAAAGCAUGACGGCUUUCACCAACAGCAAGAGCAGAUGAACAGACGGGACAUUAAGCACAAACCAAGAGCGGACAAUGAGGGACCGUCGUGGCUCAGAGACACUAACGGUAGUAAAACCCCUAAAAGGUCGGACCAAAUUUUUCCCAAGGCCCGAAAAGACUCUGGGUUCAGCGUUCGAGACAGAGUGUCUGGUUCAAUCAGCAAAAGAGAAAAUCUGUCAGCCUCAACCACAGUUCGGAGUUCAUUAAAAAGCCUCAUGGAAGCCAAAAAAAAGUCAGGAAAACAGAAGAUGUGAGGCACGAUGAGUGAAAUCAACUGUGUAACUGUAUGUGUUCAUAUAGACAUGUAUCAAAGAAUCACUGAAAGUAAUGUCAAACUCACACAUUGAAUAAUAAAAUAUUUGAAAAACUAUG